AUGAGCGUAGUAACGAAGGAAUUCCAAACACAACCUGGAAAUGAGGACCCAAAACAGCUAGCGGUAGCAGCUGCAGUAGCUGAAGAAGAAGUGAAGGAGGAAGAGGAAGAUAUUGCUGAUGUGGAUGUAGAGGCUGAGGAGGAAGAGGAAGAAAUUACAAGAUGUAUUUGUGGUAAGAUAGACCUUCCUGAUGGUGAUUCAGGACUUUAUAUUCAAUGUGAACAAUGUUCAGUUUGGCAACAUGGUUAUUGUGUGGGCAUCUUAGAAAAUGAUAAUGUGCCUGAUAAAUAUUGGUGUGAGUUAUGUAAACCUGAAUUGCAUCAGAUUGCUCCUUCUGGGAAAUCUUCCAUUUAUAAAGGUUCAAAAGAAAUUGAACCGAAAGAGCAAGAAGAGGUACAAGAAGAUACUAGAAAGAUAGAUGACGAUGCUUAUGACAAUCUUGUUGCUGAAGGUGAGAAUGAUGAUGAACACAACAAAAAACUACAACGAAAUAAUAAUGACCACGUGGAUGCAUUGCAUACUGAUGAUCAAAAAGAAGAUGUGGAUGAUGACAUGAUUCCGGAUAAGCCUGAUCACGAACCUACUCCAGAAACUACAAAACAAAUAAGAGACAAUAGGAAAAGAGCUACCACUAUGGAGAGAGAGGAAAAGCAAUAUCAAUUGAUGCUACAAAAAGCUAUUGAUGCCAGUAAAUUAGUAGGAAAUCCAGAAGACGAUAAUGCUACAAAGGAAUCUAAAAACGAACAUGAUGAGAUGAAGGAUGAAGAAGAAAAAUUAAAUGGAGAAGAAAAAGACAAUAUAAAGAACAAUGAAACUACCAACUUCAAAAAUGACUCAAACUCUUCCUCCUUUACAAAUUCAACAAAAAAAUCAAUAUCACCACCAGCCUCGUUGACUUCAGAAGAAACUGAUGUUAAGGAAGAAAUUAUGAAAAAACCGGCUCCAAGGAGAUCUACAAGGGUUACUAAACCGAGGAUAAAUAAAAGUAGAAGUAAUACUUCCGUUAAUAGUAAUACAUCUACUACCAAGAGAAAUGCGGCAAGGAAAUUGAAAGAUAAUAAUAGUAAUAAUACUUAUAACGACAAUGAUAUCGCUUUAUCAAAAUCCGUCAAACCGAGAAUCCCUCCUAAACGUACAACAAUGAAUGAAAUGAGAAGAAGAUCCGCAGCAAUAUUAGAAUAUAUUUCUAGGACACAAUGGGAAUUGAGUGGAGAACAAGCAUCAAGAGAUCAGAUUGCUCGUUUUGUCGAUAAUGAUAAGUUCAUUAAGGAAAAAAUUGAUAGCAUAUAUGAUAAACAUAAUGAUCUAUUGAAAUCUAUGGAUGAAUUGGCCAAGCAAGUCAUUCAUUGGGAAGAAAAAUAUUGCUAA